AUGAUGGGGUGCUGCAGGACUUGGCGGAGGACUGAGGACAACUGGCGUUAUCGGAAUCCGGCGGGUGUCUGCCGAGCGGCGCGGCUUAGCUGUCUGCAGCCGUGUCGCGCCCCCACCACCUGCGCCUGCGCGUGGGCGGGGUUAUUACGCCCCGCCCACGCCCGACCACGCCCACCGCUGCCUCCUUUUCACUCUCCCUUCGCCCUGGACAUCAGCUGAUCCUUCCCGCCACAAUCAGUAUACUGUGGACUCACUGUGUGUAAACUGUUUUUUCCAAGAUUGAAAAUUGGUCCUGGUAAUGGGAAUACAUUUUAAUUGUGGUACAAAAAAAAUCGAAAAGUUUUAGCAACAAACUGUUUGUUCCAUUGCUGGUAGUUAAAAAAUGGAAAAUACUCCUAUAAGAAGGUCUAAUAACAAGACCAUUUGGUGCUAUGAACAAUAAAUAAUUUUUGUUGAAAAUACUAGAAAUAUUAAUAGCAUGGCAUAUUAAUAGCAUUACUAAGAAGAAUGAAUAAUUGAAAAUAACGAAUACCAGAGAGCGUCAAACCCAACGAAGCAUGGAAACAAUCUUAAAUUCCACAGUAUCUUUGAAGCAACAAAAAUAGUAAACAAAAUACUGAUACUGGUGCUCAUCUAAACUUCCUUCGAUUUCUCGUGAAAUACUGAUAGAAAAUGUAUCGGUCACAAAGGUACACAAACUCAAGCCUCAAAAAAUGCCACAUUCGCACGUUUAAUGGUAUGUAUAAACGCUGCCUUACACAUAUACCAACAAACUUUUGACCAUAGACUUAAUUUUCUCCAUCCCAUCCAUUAAAACGGUACAUAAAUGCCAAUGUUGAAGGAACCUAUAUGCUCCUGUAGGGCUGUAUAACCUAAAAAAUUCAAUGAGAAAUCUUGUAAAGUUUUCAUUUGCGCAAGGUGACAGAAUCGGGAAUAGAGAGAGAGGGGACGACAGGGGUGGGUCCUAGGGGGAGGAGGUGUCUUAAUAAAAUGUUACUUUAUGGCGAGGGGAUAGGACGACUGUCUUAAAUGAGCUAGUGUUUAAUGAAACUCCGCGAGGGGCCCAGCUUUUGUUUCUUUCUACUUUGUUUUCUCUUGAAGAUGUGGUUCGGAAUUAAUUCAAUGAAACAUCUUGAAAUUACUUUAUUGGAAAUCAUAAGAGCAAGAAGAAAUAUCUGAUACAAAUUUAUAGAACACUUUUAAAAUUGAUUAAUUGAAUUAAAGAAACUUUUUUUUUUCUUAUCCUCCAUUUUAUUUUUCAUCAUUUUGCAACAUGCAAGUACAUACUAAAGUCUCUUUAGUCGUAAUGAUAACGAUUAAAAGGACUUCAGUGUGUAAAACAUCAAUUAACGAAAACAAUGAAGACUUCGUGUUGAAAAGUGUUUGAAUAAUUUGGAUUACCUAUAAUUUAAUCUAGGCAAAAUGGGAGUUAAAUAAAUAAUAGUAAAUUUCAAAAAAAUAUUUUAAAUAGUGUUUCUUUCAUACAUAUUGUAGUGUUGCCCAAAAUCUUUGCACUUUCCAAGACCAAGACCAAGACUGGCAAAAAAAAUCGAUUUUUUUAAUAAAACUUAGGCAAAAUAGUUACUAAUACUUGACAAUCUUAGUUAAUAUAUGUAAAUAAUUGGUAUAGCCAGUAUACUUUUGCAUUUAACUCCUCUAAUUUUUCAUUCGGGCUUAUUUAGGUUUCUCCUAUCUAAAAAUUACAGUAAUAUCUCUAUAGUAAUCAGAUAAUAAGUAACUGCAAGACUGUUGUGAGACUCUUGUGCAAGACCAUGCCCAAGACUGAGUUUGCAUGACCAAGACUCGUAACGGACUCGCACUUGGGCAACAUUACUUAUUUGACUUUUUUUUUAGUAAUUAAUAUGAAUAAUAAUUUUAUUGCUCAAAUGUACAAAACCUUAUAGCAUGGAGUUGACUAAAUUAACUAUUUAAACUUCUUGCAUUAACAUUUUAAACUUCUUUUGAUGACAUAUCUUCUUUGAUAAAAUACAGAACAUAUAUGUAUGUGCUUACAGUUACGUUUUCAGCCCUAAUAUUGUACAAUUAAUACUACAAUAAAACAUACUGCAAUGAAAUUCAAUCAAUAUAUGUACUAAUACAAUGGAACAGAACAAUACUAUUAGUGUUGCCCAAAUGCUAGACCGAGAUGAGUUUUGGUCUUGCAAACUCAGUCUUGGUCAUGGUCUUGGUCUUGCCCAAGAGUUUCGCAACAGUCUUGCAGUAACUUAUUAGCAUAUUACUAUAGAGAUAUUACUGCAAUUUUUUAGAUAGGAGAAACAUAACUAAGCCCGAACGAAAAAUUAGAGUAGUUAAAUGACCAAAGUGUAUUGGUUAUACCAAUUAUUAAUAUAUUGUAACUAAGAUUGUGAAAUAUUAUUAACUAUUUUGCCUUAAUUUUUAUUUUAAAAAUCGAUUUUUUUUUUACCAGCCCUGAUCUUGAUCUUGCAACAGUUAGGUGGGCUUAGUCUUGGUCAUGCAAAGUGCAAGACCAAGACCGAUUUUGGGCAACACUGCAAAUACAAUGAAACAAAAUUUUACAGUUUUGAAACUUCCAUAGGGAUCUUAUUCAGCCAUAACUUCUCAGCCUAAUAAUAAGCUUCUUAAUUUAAGACAACGAAAAAAGUACUGAUAAAGUUAAUUGAAAUUUAUUCUGUUUUCUACUCUUAAGGUGGCUUACACAAAUUUUAUGGAUAGCUCUGUGUUACCUAUAAUUUUAUUUUUAAUAAUAAAAUAAUUUAUAAUACAAUUUUAAAAAACUUCAAAUGAUUAAAGAGACUUCAGUGUAAAUGAUUCCAGUGGUCGAAACACUCAAACAAAUAAAUAAAUAAAAUUGAGUGUUAAAUAUAAUGUUUUUAAUCCUUUUUAUUGUCAUUGAACUAUUUUAAAAAAAGCAGUAUUUUUUUACAAAAUUAAUUUUGAUUCAGC